GGCAAGCUUCUUCCAAAAAUAAUUUUCAAAAUCCCGCGCUCAUUUUAGCCUAUAAAUGCCUUCUCCCCCUUCCCCAAAUUAUUCAUCACAAAAUCAAUUCUUCAGGAAAAAAAGCCCCCGUUUUCUCUUUUCAAUUUCCAAGUUGCCCUUCCAAAAUGCCUUCAAUUCCAGAAGAGCCACUGCUGACCGAGAACCCAGACCGGUUUUGUAUGUUUCCGAUCCAAUACCCACAAGUAUGGGAAAUGUACAAGAAAGCCGAAGCGUCCUUUUGGACUGCCGAGGAAGUCGAUUUGUCUUCCGAUCUCCGUCACUGGGAAACUCUCACCGCCGACGAGCGCCACUUCAUCACUCACGUUCUCGCCUUUUUUGCAGCCUCUGAUGGUAUUGUCCUUGAAAAUCUUGCCGUCCGGUUCAUGAAAGAGGUCCAAAUCUCCGAGGCGCGUGCUUUCUACGGUUUCCAGAUCGCCAUUGAAAAUAUCCACUCCGAGAUGUACAGUCUGCUCCUCGAGACUUACAUCAAAGAUUCCGAGGAAAAGAGUCGCCUCUUCCGUGCCGUUGAAACGGUACCGUGCGUGGCUAAAAAGGCCGAGUGGGCUAUGAAAUGGAUCAACGGCGGAGAAACUUUCGCCGAGCGGUUGAUAGCUUUUGCUUGCAUUGAGGGGAUCUUUUUCUCUGGAAGUUUCUGCGCCAUAUUUUGGUUGAAAAAGCGCGGGUUGAUGCCUGGAUUAACUUUCUCAAACGAGUUAAUCUCGCGAGAUGAAGGCCUCCACUGCGAUUUUGCUUGCUUGCUGUACGAUCUCCUCCGGUCAAAGCUGAGCGAAGAGCGCGUGAAGGGGAUAGUAAGAGAGGCUGUUGACAUUGAGAGAGAGUUUGUGUGCGACGCUCUGCCCUGUGCGUUAGUAGGGAUGAACGGCGAUUUGAUGAGUCAGUACAUCGAGUUCGUAGCGGAUCGGUUGCUGGGAGCUUUAGGGCACGGGAAAAUAUACAAUGUUGCAAACCCUUUUGAUUGGAUGGAACUGAUUUCGUUGCAAGGGAAAACCAAUUUCUUCGAGAAAAGAGUUGGCGAGUACCAGAAAGCGUCGGUCAUGUCCAGUUUGAACGGUAAUGGCGACACCCAUGAGUUCAAGAUGGAUGAGGACUUUUAGGGUUUGCUUAUAUUAUUUUGUUUUUGAUUGCCUUUGUAUCUUAUUUUAAUUAAAUGUCCCUUUCUUUAUAGUAAA